CCUGAAGCCACAACUUCAAGCGCCUUCAUCAUUUUGCUGAGCAGCUGAGAAACAUCUCUCUCCUUAGCUCCUUUUCCUGCUUCUUUCCAGAUCAUCUUCGGAGCAGAAAAAGGUGAUUUGCCUUUGAUCGGAUGCCUGAAGAAACACACUUCUAUGCUAACCUGAUCCUUUCUGCCUUGGUGCCACUCUCCGAAGUGCAAUCUCCUGCCCGCAUCAAGUAUUGACGCCACCCACACAGCUCUUCCAGUUCUCAUUUUAGCAGGAAAUCGCAACACAACACGAGCGCCAUGUUGCCCGUGCGUCAAAGUCUGGGUUUUGCCCUUCAAUCAAAAUGCGCGCAGCUUUCAUGGCGCCAGAUCUUUUGCACCGCACGAGAAGCUGGCAGCAGUUCCGGAUACCCCCACACUGAGAGCUCCUUUUCACAAUUAGUUGCAUCUGCCCCUAGCCACUCACCAGGUUUGACGACAGAGCCCCAAACCCGGAGUUACUCGAGCGUUUCGUCAUCUUACAGCAAAACCCGCGCUCUUCUGAUUGCCAACUCAACGCUCUAUGGUGGCACUUACAUGGGGCAUUGUGGGGAGACCAUUCAGAGUUUCCUCAAGAAGGGUGAUGUCAGCAAGGUCCUCUUUGUUCCCUACGCCCUGAAGGAGUACGAGAAGUACUUUGGGAAUCCGGGUGUGAUCAAGUACGACGCGUCCGGACAGCCGAUCGACCACACCGGACGCCCAAAGGCUCGUCUGCAAGAGCUGGGCAUCAAGAGUACAAGCAUCCACCAUGCGGAGGACCCUGUGGCAGCCGUGAAAGCCGCGAAGGCGCUCUUCAUCGGCGGGGGCAACACCUUCCGGCUUUUCAAAAAGCUGCACGAACAGAACCUCGUCGACCUGAUUCGAGAACGGGUUACGAGUGGGAAUAUGCUCUACAUCGGCUCCUCCUGUGGGAGCACAGCAGCAGGUGCGACUAUUCACACCAGCAUCUGCAUGCCAAUCAUGGAAGUCCCCUCCUUCAGGGGUCUGGGGCUCGUCCCCUUUAACAUCAGCCCGCACUAUGCAGACCCAGAGCCAAAAGCGAAGCUGCACGAGUUGGGGUUCACCGUCUCCAUGGAAGAAAACAGGGAGCAGAGGAUACGGCAAUAUACCGACGAGUUGGAAGACGCUCUGACGACGGUGGGCAUAAGAGAGGGCACGUGUUUAGAGGUGGACGGAAGUAAAGCGACUCUGCAUGGCAAGUGGCCGUGUCGGGUAUUCGUCCCACGGCAGGAACCUAAGGACUAUCCGCCAGGGUCGAACUUGGACUUUCUGCUGAGCAGCGACGCUUGAUAGGAGGGUGCACAACUGCCCUUGCAGUGCUCACGGAAAAUACAUCUCAUUUAUAGGAGAAACAUGUUGUCGAUCUGCAAGGCAGGUACAGCACAGGAUCUUUUCGUAGUAAGGCCAUUGUUCGAUCAUGUUCGUAGGGGAUCUAAAUUGGUGCUGAACUUCGCUUUGCCAAGUCAGUUGCGAGGGGCUGAAAAUCCUCUUCAUUUAGUAGCACAGUCUUCUAUGAGAAACGGCACCCCGACAUUGAAGAAGGUAAGUGUGACCUUUAGUCGUUCAUUCAACGGUUCUUGGUUGGGAAGUAGCUGCAUGUCAGAUAAUAUCUGCUUCUGCAAAAGCGACAAUUUGGACCCGUCCUGAAACUCAGUAAACGUGUUUCAUGUCAAGUCAUCGGACUGAAUCUGCUGGGAACGACUGUAGCUCUAUGUAGGAACGGGCUCCCAAGGCAUUAGGAGGAGUUUUUGUGAUGGCAUUUACUGUAGUCAAACCACGACCAUGAUGUCAUUUUUGGUGAUCGUG